AGAAAUCAACAAAGAGCCGAAGCCUCAGACCGCAUCUCCGUGACCUGCGCUCAAGACACCUCCUGUUAGAACACGCCCUGUCUCCUGAGGGCGCUUUAUCGUUCGCUCUUCAUCACACUCGCUCUGGAAAGCAAGCGCGCAUCAGUGCUGGUCUCUGCAUCGACACUCUCGACUCGGCAUGCGAGCGUUCUGGAGGCGCGUGUGCUUCUUGUCAUUUCUCGCACUCUCUCCUGUCGACGCAGCAGGCUGUAACGGUGAUGCAACUCUUUGCGCAAAGUCCUAUUCAAAUGUCACUUUUGUUGGCGCGCACAACUCUUAUGCUGUCGGCUCUAGCUUGUCAGACAAUCAAAACUACGAUGUCACGACUCAGUUGAAGGAUGGUGUCAGGCUCUUGCAAGGUCAAGGUCACAAUGGAACAAAUAAAGGAGGCUCGCUCAUUGAGCUAUGCCAUACAUCAUGUGCUUUGGCGGAUGGUGGAACACUCGAAUCAUAUCUUGGCAAAGUCAGAAGCUUUGUUGAGGACAAUCCAACAGAGGUCAUCACAAUCCUAUGGGUCAAUGCGGAUAAUAUGCCUGCAGCGAACUGGGCAAAAGCGUACGAGUCCAGCGGACUGAAGCAAUACAGUUAUGUGCCAACGACUGAAUCUGUCACAAGCUGGCCCACCUUGCAGCAGCUUAUCGACAAGAAGACAACGGUCAUAAACUUCAUCACCUCACAACAAGACUUUGCCAACUUUCCCUACCUAAUGCAUGAAUGGAGCAAUGUCUGGGAAACUCCGUAUGAGAAUCUUGACUACAAAAAGUUCACCUGUGAACUCGACCGUGGAUCGAGUGCAUCAGGUCUAUACAUGGCCAACCACUUUGUCUACAAAGAACGCACAAUCUUGGGCCUCACCAUUGACUCACCCGAUACUGCCAAUCUGGCCAACACCAACUCACUCGAUAGCGUCAACGAUCAUGGCGAGAUGUGUGCUGCUAAAUGGGGUCGCUACCCAAACUUUUUCCUUGUGGACUAUUAUGAGUCUGCUGGUGGUGGCGCAAUGCGAGCUGCUGCACUCCUCAAUAAUGUUCAGUACCAGGCGGUAGCACUCGGGAAUGGCAAGACAAUUGGCGCCAUCAAAACAUUCUUCAAAGGGCCAGACGGUAUUCGCAACAUUGGGCUCGUUGCAGGCGGCGGCGCAUUGUUGCUUGUACUUUUGUGGAUUGCAUGUUGUUGCUGUUGUCGUCGCAGAACCAGACGCGCAGGUCGGCGAGCAGAGUCGCAUGUUCCCUGGCAGACGCAGAACAGCAGUCCGAAGCCAUACGUUCAGGCUUCCAAGCCUGUCGAAAAAGAAGCCACGGAGCAGAAUGCUUAUGAACUGCUCGAGAAGGACUCACCAACAAGAAAGCCAGUUUCUACGGGUGCUGCUGCCAUCCUUGCGCCCAAACCAUUCUCGGGACCGCCAUUACGAUCUGCAGUUCCUGGCUAUCAAGCACUUCCACUCAACCAGUCUCCAGAGGCACAACGACCAUUGCCAAGUCCGCCACGUCGGGCCGUUCAACCUUAUGGCAAUUAUAAUGACGGUUCACCACAUGCGUAUGCACAGGGCCGACAAAGUCAACCUCGUCGAAUGAGUCCAGAACGACAGCAUGGGCGUAUACCUGAUGAUAUGAGUGGACCAACACCUUUUGGUGCUCGACCUGCGCCUGGUGCGAUUCAGCAGCGACCGCGACCACCGCCACAGCAACAACAGCAGCGCGAUCCAUUUGGGCAGCCAAGGGGAUAUGGUCAUGUACCUGGGUAUGGUCCACCGCCGCGAAUGCAACGGCCGCCGCAGAUGCAGCCAUAUCCGAACUCAGCUCCUCACGGCUAUAACAAUGGCAAUGGCUAUCCUGGUGCAGGCCAGGCGCCUCGUAGAGAUUAUGAUCAGCAUAGCUAUCGUUGAUGCUCAUCAAAAGUACAUCUUAGUAUUAGGCAGAUCAAUAGUUUAUCGCUGGUGCAAUUGACUGGCAGGCCAUUAGCCAAGUUUGAGGUAGAAAGGGGGUAGGCCGAUGUUUUCAGAAUGUUUGCUUCAAUACUAUAAGAAGAAUACAGCUAUGGUCGAAUGUGGAGGAUGAAAUGUACUUCAACUCACGGUCUCUGCAGAUGCCCAGGGGACUGACUCGCAGCGCAGGACUGGCUGAGGGAGUGAAGACUUCAACAAGCACAAUCGCUUGGAACGUGCCUGGUAAGGCGUCUUAAUCAAGCAACCUAGAUAGUGCAAAUAGGAUUGUUACGGAUAAGGAGCAG